CAUUUGCCGUUGAUAGAACCGAUAUUUUUUGGUGAUCUAAGCUCUAGAGGGUUGAGAAUUGAGUUUUCACUUGGGCCGCUGCAUCAUGAAGAGAACUGAUACAGGAGCACCUCUUCAGAAUUUUCUUGCAAUAACAUAGGUGAUACAUUCCACACAUAGGUGCCCGGUUUCUGGUUUUCAAUUUGUCCAAAAUAUGAAACUGAAGUAGUAAUGGAAUACAAUUGCAAAUAAAUGAGGAGCAUCAGUAGCUCUGGAUUCCUGCAGAACCAUUUGUGAGAAAAGCCUUCAGAGCAGAUGCAUGCAUGCCAUGCUUCUCUCUUCAAUUAUUGUAAGUUGGAAAGUGGUGCACUCUGUUCACAUUAUUUGGUUAGAAUCAUUUGUAGUAACUGAACAAUUAGACACCAUCUACAGUGGAUUGGAUGGUCUAAAGAAGAUUAUUAAACACAGAAAAAUAAACUUCACCGGGCUUACACAGUGCCAAUGCUAAGCGAUCUUAAGAACAUUCAGUUGUAGGUAAAACAGAGUAUCUGGCCACAUAUAGAAUUAUGAAAUCAUAAAAAUAUACUCACAAUAGUGAUGUAUGAUUGCAAAUAAAACAAGUUGCAGGGGCCACCCAUCGACAGUCCUUCUCUCCAACAACCGCACAGGGGAACAGAGCACACGCCAUAUUUGUCUCCAAAUAAUUGAGAGGCCGCCAGUAGGUACCUGCCAGUCAAUAUACAUCUCAGAUCUGAAUUUGCUUGCAUCCUCUCUCCAGCAACCUCACUUUCCCAUACCAAGCAGAGCCUUCGACGCGUGAGAGAUCUGCACAAGGCCGGCGACAAAUUUGGGCGUUGGUAAGUUUCCUAUUCCUCCGAUCUGCAAGACCAUGGCAGAGUCACUCCUUCUCCCUCUAGUGCGCGGCGUGGCUGGCAAGGCUGCAGAUGCACUUGUCGAGACGGUGACCCGCAUGUGUGGCCUCGACGACGACCGUCAAACGCUCGAACGGCAUCUACUAGCCGUCGAGUGCAAGCUGGUCAACGCUGAGGAGAUGAGCGAGACAAAUCGCUAUGUCAAGAGCUGGAUGAAGGAGCUCAAGUCCGUCGCCUACCAGGCUGACAACGUGCUCGACGACUUCCAGUAUGAGGCACUGCGCCGCGAAUCAAAGAUUGGCAAGUCCACUACCCGAAAGGCACUCAGCUACAUCACGCGCCACAGCCCGCUGCUCUUCCGUUUUGAAAUGAGCAGGAAACUCAAGAGCGUCCUCAAGAAGAUCAGUAAGUUGGUUGAAGAGAUGAACAGGUUUGGCCUGGAGAGUUCUGUCCGUAGGGAGGAGCAACAACAUCCUUGCCGGCAGACGCACUCAAAACUGGACGAGACUACCCAGAUCUUUGGAAGGGAAGAUGAUAAGGAGGUGGUGGUGAAGUUGCUGCUGGACCAGCAGGAUCAGAAGAAGGUGCAGGUAUUGCCCAUAUUUGGGAUGGGUGGUCUUGGCAAGACGACUCUUGCAAAGAUGGUGUAUAAUGACCAAGAGGUCCAGCAACAUUUCGAGUUGAAGUUGUGGCACUGCGUGUCAGACAACUUUGAUGCCAUUCCUCUUUUGAAAUCCAUCAUUGAGUUGGCUGCAAAUGGAAGUUGUAACAUGCCUGACACGAUUGAGCUGUUGCAAAAGCGACUUGAGCAAGUCAUUGGCCAAAACAGGUUUAUGCUCGUGCUUGAUGAUGUAUGGAAUGAAGAUGAGAGGAAGUGGGAGGAUGUCCUGAAGCCUCUUCUGUGUUCUGUUGGUGGACCAGGAAGCGUCAUUGUUGUCACAACUCGAAGCCAGAAAGUGGCCUCUAUAAUGCAGACCCUUGGAACCCAUAAGCUAGCAUGUCUGAAUGAACAAGAUUCAUGGCAAUUGUUUGCACAGAAAGCAUAUAGCAAUGGUAAAGAGCAGGAGCAAGCAGAGUUGGUCAGCAUUGGCAAACGUAUUAUCAACAAAUGCAGGGGGUUGCCUCUUGCUCUCAAGACAAUGGGCGGAUUGCUAAGUUCAUAUCAGCAAGUACAAGAAUGGAAGGCCAUCGAAGAAAGUAAUAUAAGGGAUACUGUUAGAGGGAAAGAUGAGAUCAUGUCUAUUCUAAAGUUGAGCUAUACACACCUAUCAUCUGAAAUGAAGCAAUGUUUUGCAUUCUUAGCAGUUUUCCCCAAGGACUAUGUGAUGGACAAGGACAAGUUGAUCCAACUAUGGAUGGCAAAUGGUUUUAUUCAAGAGAAGGGAACGAUGGAUUUGAUACUCAGAGGAGAAUUCAUUUUUGAUGAGUUGGUUUGGAGGUCCUUCCUCCAAGAUGAGAAAGUGGUAGUAAAAUAUGCUGGCAAGUUUGGUAACACAAAAUAUGAGACAGUUCUAUGUAAAAUGCAUGACUUAAUGCAUGAUCUUGCAAAAGAUGUCACAGAUGAAUGCGCAAGUAUAGAAGAAUUGUCUCAGCAUAAAGCAUUAUCAAAAGGUAUUUGUCACAUGCAAAUGUCAAAGGCUGAAUUCGAACGAAUCAGUGGGUUAUGCAAAGGCAGAACAUACCUCCGCACUUUGUUAUCUCCUUCAGAAUCAUGGGAGGAUUUUAACUAUGAGUUUCCAAGCAGAUCACACAAGGAUAUUAAGGAGUUGCAACAUGUAUUUGCGUCAGUAAGAGCAUUGCAUUGCUCCCGCUCCCCUUCUCCAAUUGUCAUUUGCAAGGCCAUAAAUGCAAAACAUUUACGGUAUCUUGACCUCUCAAAGUCUGACAUCGUUAGGUUGCCAGAUUCAAUAUGUAUGUUGUAUAACCUGCAAACACUGAGGCUCAUAGACUGCCAUGACUUGCAACAGUUACCACAAGACAUGGCAAGAUUGACAAAGCUCAUCCAUCUUUACCUUUCUGGUUGUGAGAGUCUCAAAAGUAUGUCUCCAAACUUUGGUCUGCUGAACAACCUUCACAUAUUAACAACAUUUGUUGUGGGUACCGGAGAUGGCCUUGGAAUAGAGCAGCUCAAAGACUUGCAAAACCUUAGCAAUAGGUUGGAACUAUUGAACUUGGACAAGAUAAAGAGUGGGGAGAGUGCAAAAGAAGCCAAUCUCAGCCAGAAGAAAAAUCUAAGUGACUUGUUGUUCUCUUGGGGCCAAGAAAUAGAUGAUGAGCCUAGAGAUGUGGAAGAAGUGCUUCAGUGUUUAGAACCUCACAGUAAUAUCCAAAAACUGGCGAUAUGCGGAUAUGUUGGCCUAGAAAUAACACAAUGGAUGAGAAAGCCUCAGAUGUUUGAUUGCUUGAGAGAACUCAAAAUGUUUGGCUGCCCAAAAUGCAAGAGUAUCCCUCUAAUAUGGUUCUCGGUCUCUCUAGAGAUUUUGGUCUUACAGUGGAUGAAUAACCUGACUACAUUAUGCAAUAACCUUGAUGCGGAAGCCGGAGGAUGCAUCACCCCUCUGCGGAUUUUCCCAAGGUUGAAGAACAUGAGGUUGAUUGAGUUAGCAAGCCUGGAGAUGUGGGCAGAAAAUAGUAUGGGAGAGCCUAGUUGUGAUAACCUGGUAACAUUUCCAAUGCUUGAAGAGCUAAGGAUCAUAGAUUGCCCCAAGCUUGCAAGUAUUCCAGCGAUCCCCGUUGUCAGCAAGUUGAGCAUAGUUGGAGUUCACGGUUGUGCAGUCGGUUCAGUUUUUAUGUGUAUCCGUUUGGGUUCCUGGCCAUUUCUUGCUGAGUUAACUCUUGGGUCUCUAAAAGACAUACCCAUGUUGCCUCUAGACCCCCAGCAAAGCCAAAGUCAAAGACCUCUUGAAAAGCUUGAGAGUUUGACUCUGAUAGGGCCCAACAGCUUGAUCAGAAGCUUCGGAUUGUCCGAAUCACAACUUAUGGUUUGGAAAUGUUUUCGGUUCGUGAGAAAUCUGAAGAUAUAUGGUUGCAGCAAUCUUGUCCGCUGGCCAACAGAGGAGCUCCGGUGCAUGGAUCGCCUCCGCUUUCUGAGUAUCACAAAUUGUGACAACCUGGAGGGGAAAAAUUCAUCGUCUGAGGAGGAAACCCUUCCGCUGUCCCUGGAGGGUUUGACGAUCGGAAACUGCCGCAGUGUAGUAGCACUGCCUUGGAACCUUGGAAAUCUUGCCAAGCUGAGGCGUCUCAAUGUGAGUUACUGCAGGAGCCUGAAAGUGCUGCCUGAUGGGAUGUGUGGCCUCACUUCUCUGAGGGAAUUAUGGAUUUGGAAUUGUCCAAGUAUGAAGAAAUUCCCGCAUGGUCUCCUAGAGCGGUUGCCAGCUCUCGAACACUUGAGCAUACAUGACUGCCCGGAGUUGGGAACACGAUGCAGAGAAGGUGGGGAGUAUUUCCACUUGCUCUCCUCUGUCCCACGUAAAGACAUUUCGCGAUGACGGCGCCAUGGAAAUCCAGAAUAAUAGCUGUGAAGUAAAUGGGCAUACGCGUGAGUCCCCUCCCCUGAUAAAUAAUCAGUCUCCGUUGUGUGUAAAUAAAAUAAAUGUUAAUCGAUGGUACCUGCAACUGCAGGUAUGAAUCUCUGAAAGCCUCCGCAUUAUCAAAAGGUAUUUGUCACAUGCAAAUGUCAAAGGCUGAAUUCGAACGAAUCAGUGGGUUAUGCAAAGGCAGAACAUACCUCCGCACUUUGUUA